UUCAGCCAUAAUACAGUAUUUACAAUGACACAAUUUGUCAAUAGUUUCCAGUAGGUGGCGGUGUUCAGUCUACUCCUGCCCUUUAGAUUCAGACGAAGAAGGUGCUUUUUGUCUGGAGAGCUGAGAUUUCUGACACAGCGAAUCGUUUAUGCGUUAAAAUUAUAUCACAGUAUUGCAAUUAGACUAGAUCAGGUUAACAUUAAACCCUCGGCAUUGUGUCUGUAUUUACGACUUUAAAUCCCGUUCUGCUUUAAAGCCCACGGCUUCUUAUAAUGAAAUCAGCAGAAGCCAGUCCAUCCUGUGAGACUCCUGCUGUUACACUUUCACAGCUGAGCAAGGCUGUACAGACAAACACUUCCGUGACUUCAGCUGGAGGGUCAACAAGCUCUGUGGGUCACUUCAGCCCUGAGGACCAACUGAAGGAAGAAUUUCAAAAGAAGGUUAUAAAAGAAGAACCUGAAGAUGAUGACUACCACUCUGGCAAGGCAUCAAGCUGUGUGGGACGUGUCACCUCUGUGGACCAACAGAAUGAAGUAUUUCAUGAGAAGCUUGUAAAAGACGAAUCUAACGACGGAGAUUACUUCUGUGGUGAGACAUCAAGCUGUGUGGGAUAUGUCACCUCUGUGGAGCAGCAAAAUGAAGGAUUUCAUAUAAAGCUUGUAAAAGAUGAACCUGAAGAUGGAGAUUACUUCUGUGGUGAGACAUCAAGCUGUGUGGGACAUGUCACCGCUAUGGACCAACAGAAUGAAGUAUUUCAUGAGAAUCUUGUAAAAGAAGAACCUGAAGAUGGAGAUUACUUUUGUGGUGAGACAUCAAGCUGUGUGGUUCACCUGACCAUUGUGGACCAACAGAUGGAAGAAUUCCAAGAACAACCUUUAAAAGAAGAAGAAACUAAUGAAAAUGACUAUCUCUACUGUGAGCACUGUAGAUCCUUCUUUCUCAACAAGUGUGAAAUACACGGUCCAGCUCUCUUCCUCCCUGAUACCCCUGUUCCAAUGGGGGUUUCAGAUAGAGCCAGACAAACCCUUCCACCUGGUCUAGAGGUUCAGAAAUCUGGUAUUCCUGGUGCAGGCAUGGGAGUGUUUAAUAAGGGGGAUACUGUUCCAGUUGGUGCCCAUUUUGGGCCUUACCAGGGAGACCUGGUAGAUAGAGAAGAAGCCAUGGCGAGUAGCUACUCUUGGGUGAUUUGCAAGAGCAGGCAUUUUGAGAAAUAUAUAGAUGGUAAGAGAGUGACCCAUGCGAAUUGGAUGAGAUAUGUUAAUUGUGCUCAUAAUAAUGAAGAGACUAAUCUGAUGGCAUUCCAGUAUCAAGGGGAGAUUUUCUACCGUUGUUGUCGACCCAUCGAACCAAGGCAGGAGCUUUUGGUGUGGUAUGAAGAGAAGUACGCUAAGGAUCUUGGCGUCACUUUCAACUCCAUCUGGGACAAAAAGUGCUCCGUAAGAGAAACGAGCGGUUGUCCAUUGAAAGGUUUCUCUUGCUCAUUGUGUUCACUUUUCUAUACAUCACAAAUUGACCUUCACGAACAUAUUAAGAGAUGCCACGAUGAGGAAAAUACGAGCAUGCUGAAAUCAGAAGAAAUUACACAUGAAACUCCAAAAACCACAAGAAUCUCUACAUUUAAGCAAACACGCACUGGUCCUCGCAUUGUUAAGACUUCUCACAGACUGAAAGAAACUUACUGCUGCUCACAAUGUGGGAAACGUUUUAAUCAGGAGAGUGCUCUCCAACGGCACAGACGCAUUCACGGAGGAGAGAAGCUGUAUCACUGUUCAGAAUGUGGGAAGAGGUUCACUUACCAGAAUACACUCCAACGCCACCAGCUUGUUCAUACUGGAGAAAAGCCCUAUACCUGCUCAGAGUGUGGGAAGAGUUUUACUUACCAGAAUGUGCUCCAACGCCAUCAGCGCAUUCAUACUGGAGAAAAGCCCUAUGCCUGCACACAGUGUGGGAAGCGUUUCUCUCGACAGAGUCAUCUUCAAGCACAUCAAACCAUUCACACAAGAGAGAAACUGUAUCCAUGCUCACAGUGUGGGAAACGGUUUGCCGGACGGUAUCCUCUGAAACAACACCAGCGCGUUCACACGGGAGAAAAACCGUUUCACUGCACACAGUGUGGGAAGUGUUUCGCUCGACAGAGUCAUCUUCAAGCGCAUCAAAACAGUCACACAGGAGAGAAACUGUAUCCAUGCUCACAGUGUGGGAAACGUUUUGCUGGACGUUGUUAUCUGAAACAACACCAGCGCAUUCACACAGGAGAAAAACCGUUUCAGUGCUCACAGUGUGGGAAGCGUUUCGCUCGACAGAAUACUCUGCAAAUACACCAGCGCAUCCACACAGGAGAGAAGCCAUUUCACUGUGGACAGUGUGGGAAGCGUUUUAAUCAAGAAACUACUCUCCAGCGGCACCAGCGCACUCAUACAGGAGAGAGGCCAUACUACUGCUCACAGUGUGGGAAGACUUUUGCUCGACAGUGUAAUCUCAAACGGCAUGAACACAUUCACACUGGAGAGAAGCCGUAUCAGUGCUCACAGUGUGGAAAACAUUUUAAUAGAGAGAGUACUCUCCAACGGCACCAGCACACUCACACUGGACAGAAGCUGUAUAUCUGCUCACAGUGUGGCAAGAGUUUUACACGACAGAGUAAUCUCGAAAUACAUCAGCAAAUUCACACUGAAGAGAAGCAGUAGCACUGCUCACAGUGUGGGAAGAGUUUCACUCACCAGAUUACGCUACAAAAUAUCACCAGCGCAUUCAUACAGCAGAGAAGCCAUAUAUCUGCUCACAGUGUGGGAAGAGUUUUAUUCGAUUACGUAAUCCCCAACAUCACCAGAGCAUUCACCCAGGGGAAAUGUCAUGUUGCUCCUGAAAUUUGGUUCAGGCUCCAGACACAUCUUCACCUUUCCAGAGGAGAAAAUCCAUGUCACUGCUCGAAGAGAAGAGUUUUUCGUACUCAAAUACAAGUUAAGACACUGUAAAGAGCUGUCAGCAUGUGGUACAAAAACAAAACAAGAAGAAGAAGAAAAAGAAUUGUGUUCAUUUCAGUUCAUUCAAUUUUUUUUUUUUUUUUUUUUUUUUAGCAAUUGUAACCUUGUUGAAAAUCAACUAUUACUAUCAAGUAGUUACAUCAACUGUGUUUAAUGUUUUUUGUAUUUGGUAUGGUUUGCUAAAUAGAAAACAUUAAUUACACUUGAUUUGUAUAUUAAACAAAAAAUUGGAUAUAAAGGACCAUAUUAAUAUGAAGAUUAGUUUGGCUAAAUUAUCACUUUAUUUAAAAAAUAAAUGAAUAAAAUAUC